UUGGUCCUCCUCCCCUGGAUUUCCAUGAACAACAAUUGUUAGCGGAGUGUGAUAGCGAGAUCUCUCGUACUCUUAAGCGAGUUCUAGAUCGCGGAAGUUACUUUGUGCUUGUAUCCGAUUGUAAAUUGUACUCGUGGGCUGGUGAUCUAGCGAUAGGACAUUGAAUUGAGGAUUUAGGAUCCAUAUUAAAGUUUGUCUGAGGGAGAGACUUUUUGUCUCUUUGUUUUUCCAUUUUCGUUUCUUGAGGUGUUUGAGUGAUUCGUGUAAACAUGGCGGGGAAAAGCGAAGGGAUCUCGAUCGGGAUUGAUUUGGGAACGACGUACAGUUGUGUUGGAGUGUGGCAACAUGAUCGGGUGGAGAUCAUUGCUAAUGAUCAAGGAAACCGCACCACACCGUCAUAUGUUGCGUUUACUGACACGGAGCGGUUGAUUGGAGACGCAGCUAAGAAUCAAGUCGCUAUGAACCCGACGAAUACCGUGUUCGAUGCGAAGCGGUUGAUUGGGAGGCGAUUCGAUGAUGUGUCUGUACAGAGUGAUAUGAAGUUGUGGCCGUUUAAAGUGAUUGCCGGGCCAGGGAAUAAGCCUUUCAUAGUUGUGACUUACAAGGGAGAGACGAAGCAAUUUGCUGCUGAAGAAAUCUCAUCCAUGGUGUUGAUCAAGAUGAAAGAGGUUGCAGAAGUGUUCCUUGGAAAGACUGUGAAGAAUGCUGUCAUCACAGUGCCAGCCUAUUUUAAUGAUUCUCAGAGGCAAGCAACGAAGGAUGCAGGUGCUAUUGCUGGUUUAAACGUUCAGCGCAUCAUCAACGAGCCUACGGCUGCUGCAAUUGCUUAUGGCUUGGAUAAGAAGAGUUCAUCGACGGGAGAGAAGAACAUCCUGAUUUUCGACCUUGGAGGUGGAACUUUCGAUGUAUCGUUGUUGACUAUUGAGGAAGGCAUCUUCGAGGUGAAGGCCACAGCAGGAGAUACACAUCUUGGUGGUGAAGAUUUUGACAAUCGGAUUGUGAACCACUUUGUUCAGGAGUUCAAGAGAAAGUACAAGAAGGAUAUUACUGGUAAUGCCAGAGCUCUUCGUCGCCUACGUACUGCCGCCGAAAGAGCGAAGAGGACGUUGUCAGCGACUGCACAGACCACCAUUGAAAUUGAUUCAUUGUACGAAGGUGUUGAUUUCUACUCCACUAUUACGAGAGCAAGAUUCGAGGAAUUGAACAUGGAUCUUUUCCGCAAAUGUAUGGAGCCUGUUGAGAAAUGUCUACGGGACGCCAAGAUGGACAAAGGUCAAGUUCAGGAGGUUGUUCUUGUUGGCGGCUCCACCCGAAUUCCGAAGGUGCAGAGUCUCCUACAGGAUUUCUUUAACGGGAAGGAACUUUGCAAGAGCAUUAAUCCCGAUGAGGCCGUUGCUUAUGGAGCAGCAGUUCAAGCUGCAAUCCUUAGCGGCGAGGGUAGUCAAAAGGUUCAAGACCUAUUGCUGUUGGAUGUUACUCCUCUUAGUUUAGGACUCGAAACCGCUGGCGGUGUUAUGACCACACUUAUUCCAAGGAAUACGACCAUUCCCACGAAGAAGGAGCAAAUCUUCUCGACGUAUUCCGACAAUCAGCCAGGGGUUCUUAUCCAGGUAUUCGAAGGCGAGAGAGCAAGAACAAGAGAUAAUAAUUUAUUGGGGAAGUUUGAGCUCACUGGAAUUCCACCUGCUCCUCGAGGUGUGCCGCAGAUUAACGUCUGCUUUGACAUCGAUGCUAAUGGUAUACUGAACGUGUCCGCCGAGGACAAGACGGCUGGAGUUAAGAACAAGAUCACCAUUACGAAUGACAAGGGUAGGCUGAGCAAGGAAGACAUCGAGAAGAUGGUGCGAGAUGCAGAGAAGUACAAGAACGAGGAUGAAGAGGUCAAGAAGAAAGUGGAUGCCAAGAACAGUCUCGAAAACUAUGCAUACAACAUGAGGAACACCAUAAGGGAUGAUAAAAUUUCAAGUCAGCUCAGCAGCGACGAUAAGCAGGCGCUAGAGAAAGCUGUAAACGACACUAUCACAUGGUUGGAUGCUAAUCAACUUGCUGAAGUUGAUGAGUUCGAGGAUAAGCAGAAAGAACUGGAGAACAUUUGCAACCCCAUCAUCUCGCGCAUGUACCAAGGAGGUGCUGCUGGUCCUAGCCCCGCAGGCAACUAUGGAGGUGGUGCAAACCCUGGCACUGGUGGAGCUGGCCCAACGAUUGAAGAGGUGGACUAAAUGAAGAGGUGCACUGAAUGAGAUUUGGUUAAGAUGAUCAGGUAAAACGGCGAUCGGCGAACAGACAAGUCUGAUGACUCCAAGCUUUGUAUAAUUGCCCUUUUUGAUUGGAGAAUUCCCUCGAGGCUGCUGUCUUAAGCACCGUCGUGUAUGUUUGAACGUCACGUGAUAUUUCAUGCCUGUUCUGCAGAGUACUCCAAUAGAGUUUUUAGUCAGCAUACGCAAUGAACUGUGAACAAUGUACAAAGUAAUUUUGACAAUAAAGUCCAGCCAGUUAUCUUCCAAAUAA